UCCAGCAACUCAUUGGUUGACCCAUGACCGUUGACCUCUCUGUCUACGGAGACAUUAGCCGUGGACUGUAUAGCCGUGGACAUUAAGGGGUCAAGUUUGACUUUAAUUUGAUUUGAAUUCGUAGGUGCUAUCUUCUACACAUCAAUUGCUAUCACUAUCAGUUAAUUAUCAUCCAUUUAAUUAUUACAAAUCAGUGGUACAAGCAAGUCGCGAUGGCUCCUAAACUGACGCUGCUGAUAGACCAGCCCAAGUUGGUGUACUUCCCAGGCCAGACCAUCACUGGACGGGUCCAGGUCACGUCAGACAAACCCAUCAAGGGAAAAACACUGAGCAUGGUCUUCUCGGGCGCAGCGUGGGUAAAAUUUGCUGAGACGCAUUUCGAGAAGCAGCGCCGCGGCAGGGCAACCUACCGCCGCCGCACCUACGGGGGGACCGAGACCUACUACGAGGACCAGAUAGUCCUGUGGGCAGAUGCAUCACAGGAAAUGGCCGCAGGACCUACCGAUUUUCACUUCAGUUACACGCUACCAUCACACGCGCCCUCCUCGUUCGUAGGACGCUAUGGUCAGGUGGUGCACAGCGUUGUGGUGACGCUAGGGGGCGCUAAGGCACGCAAGGACGUCACCGUCGUCCACCCCGUCAGCGUCAACUCGGUAGUCGACCUCAACGCCGACGCGACGCUUAGGAUGCCCCAGCAGUGCGAGAAAGACAAGACGUUGUACUGCUGGUGCUGCAGGAGUGAGCCGCUUAGUGUCGUCGUGACUCUCAACAAGGGAGGUUAUGUGCCCGGCGAGCUCAUCAUCAUCAACGCUGACAUUAUGAACAAAACUAAAUGGACUCUGUCGGAAUCCAAGGUUAAGCUGAUCAUGGAGGUCUGCUACAAGCCCGUUGNAAUGACUUACUUCUCCCGUCUCCUCUGCAAAACCCUGCCAAACCUGUGGCUCCUGAUGGUCGGAGCGGUGGUCGGGGUCAACGUGGUGGUGGCUGUGCUGGUGCGCGUGGUGCUGUGGUACAAGCGGGACCGAGUG